CAGCCGCGGCUGCGGGACCCGGGCGCCGGGAGGCGGCGGCGGCGACAGCAGAGGGGGGGACGAGGAGGCAGAAGGCGAGAAGAAGAAGUAGAAGCAGAAGAGCCGGGCGGAGUCCGCCGCAGCUACCGCGGGGACUGCGGGACCGGGGCGACGGCGGCGGCCCAGCAACCGUGAGGACAGACAAAAGCCUCCUAAAAUUAGAGUUUCCUUAAAAAACAAGCAAACAAAAAAUCCCGGGGGGGGGGCAGAGAGCGAGCGAGCGAGCGAACGCACGCCCCGGAGAGAGGCCCUUCUCGGUGAGAACAACGGCACCAGUGGGGGGGCUGCUUUGAUUUCUACUACUAUUAUUGUUGUUGUUGUUAUUUUUACCGCCCCCCCCCGACCUCUGUCACCCCCCCCCACCACCACCACCACCGCCCUGCAGAGAAUCGAACUGAGAGCCUGAACGCACCGCCCCUGGGUCCCAUGAGGGAAACACACCCCGGAGCCGCCGCGAGGGGAAGAGGCCGAGCCCGCAGGACCUGCCAGUUCGCCGCCUGGGCCCCCGCGCCCCCGGGCCGCCCGCUCGCCGCGCUCCGGGCCCGCUGAGCCCUCGCCACCUGCCCCCGCCCCACACCCCGGAGACAGCGAGAAACGGGGGGGCUGCCAGCCCAGUUCAUGGGGGAGACGAGGCCGGGGGGCAGCCCAGGAACCGCGAUCGCCCCCAGGUCCGCACCCGAGGCCCCACCUGCGCCCCGAGACCGCGCCGAGGAGCCCUCCGCCUUCCUCCCGCAGCCAGGAACCCCCACCCCCCCAGAUAGCCUAAUAUAAUCUAUAUAUAAAUAUAUAAUAUAUAAUGCCCUUAAAUUAUUCCUGAUUUUUUUUUUUUUAACCAAGCUGCCAAGAAAAAGAUCGUAUUCUCUCUCUCUCUCUGUGAGUCUCUCUCUCUCUCCCUCCUGGAACCCUGAUUCUAAUUUUUAUGUGAAUCUAAAACUGCUGAGGAAGACCAUAUGUGAUUGUUAAAUUAUAUCUAUAAUAUAUAUAUAUAAAUAUAUAUUUUUUACUCCGCACAACGCUUAUUCUUCUACAUCCAUAGAUGCUUGAGAAGCUGUGCUUUUUGUCAUUCAUGUGCAUUUUCCUUUGGAAAAAAGAAAGCGCCUAUUUUACUAACCAAAGACUUGAUUUGUAUCCUCUUGUUUUUGAGCGCCUCCUAGAAUUAAGCCUAGUUGGAUCCAUGUUCACGUUUUGAGAGAUUCUUGAGUGGUUCCCCCCCCCUUUUUUUUCUAUCUGAGACCAGAAUUCCAAAUCAAAUAGCUGCGAUCUCUGAGCUAGCUAUAAAUAAGACACUUCAAACCAAUCUGAGGGGGAGAGGAUAGAGAGGCGUGAGCCGUCAGAUUAUCAUCUUUUUAUUUUAUUUUUUUAUUGUGAGACUCUGAUCCUAAAAAUAAUAAAUGGGGGAUUACGGGUUUGGAGUGCUAGUGCAAAGCAAUACUGGGAAUAAAUCGACUUUUCCAGUCAGAUUCCACCCACAUCUGCAGCCUCCACACCAUCACCAGAAUGCCACCCCCAGCCCUGCUGCCUUCAUAAAUAACAGCACAGCUGCCAACGGCAGCAGCGCCGGCUCGGCUUGGCUCUUUCCUGCUCCGGCGACCCACAACCUCCAGGAUGAGAUCCUGGGGUCAGAAAAAGCCAAAAGUCAGCAGCAGGAACAGCAAGACCGUCUAGAAAAGCAGCAGCUCUCCCCCAGCCCGGGUCAGGAAGCUGGAACCCUGCCAGAGCCGGAGAAGGCAAAAUCAGAGGAGAGCCAGGACAAUUCUUCUGAGAACGGCGGCAGCGGGAAGGAGAAGAUCCGCAUCGAGUCCCCCGUGUUGACAGGGUUUGAUUAUCAGGAAGCCACGGGCCUGGGCACCUCCACCCAGCCCUUGACGUCCAGCGCCUCCUCUCUCACCGGCUUCAGCAACUGGUCAGCCGCCAUUGCGCCUUCCUCCUCGACCAUCAUCAAUGAAGAUGCGAGUUUCUUCCACCAGGGAGGGGUCCCGGCGGCUUCGGCGAAUAACGGUGCUCUGUUGUUUCAGAAUUUCCCCCAUCACGUCAGCCCCAGCUUCGGAGGCAGCUUCUCGCCGCAGAUCGGGCCUCUGUCACAGCACCACCCUCACCACCCUCACUUCCAGCACCACCACAGCCAGCAUCAGCAGCAGAGGAGGUCUCCUGCCAGCCCCCACCCCCCGCCUUUCACACAUCGCAACGCUGCUUUCAGCCAGCUGCCUCACUUGGCGAAUAAUCUCAACAAGCCCCCCUCUCCGUGGAGCAGCUACCAGAGCCCCUCGCCCACGCCCUCGUCCUCCUGGAGCCCCGGCGGCGCAGGCUAUGGUGGCUGGGGAGGCUCCCAAGGCCGAGAUCACCGCCGGGGGCUGAACGGAGGGAUCACGCCCCUCAACUCCAUCUCGCCUCUGAAGAAGAAUUUUGCAAGCAAUCAUAUCCAGCUCCAGAAAUACGCCCGUCCCAGCUCUGCCUUUGCUCCCAAGUCCUGGAUGGAAGACAGCUUGAACAGGGCCGACAACAUUUUUCCUUUUCCGGAUCGCCCCAGGACAUUCGAUAUGCACUCCCUGGAGAGUUCCCUCAUUGACAUCAUGAGAGCAGAAAACGAUUCCAUUAAAGGUCGUCUAAACUAUUCAUACCCAGGAUCCGAUAGCUCUCUGCUUAUUAAUGGUCAGUCCUCACUGUUUCCAAUGGAAGAUGGAUUCUUGGAUGAUGGCCGCGGGGAUCAGCCUCUUCACAGCGGCCUGGGCUCCCCUCACUGCUUCACUCACCAGAAUGGAGAAAGAGUGGAGCGUUACUCGCGCAAGGUGUUUGUGGGCGGACUUCCUCCAGACAUCGAUGAAGAUGAGAUCACAGCCAGUUUCCGUCGCUUUGGCCCUUUGAUCGUGGAUUGGCCACAUAAAGCAGAGAGCAAAUCCUACUUUCCUCCUAAAGGCUAUGCAUUCCUGCUCUUUCAAGAUGAAAGCUCUGUGCAGGCUCUCAUUGACGCCUGCAUUGAAGAGGACGGGAAACUCUACCUGUGUGUAUCCAGCCCCACCAUCAAAGACAAGCCAGUGCAGAUCCGGCCUUGGAACCUCAGCGACAGUGACUUUGUGAUGGAUGGCUCGCAGCCUCUUGACCCGCGCAAGACUAUCUUUGUUGGUGGCGUUCCCCGACCGCUACGAGCUGUGGAGCUUGCCAUGAUCAUGGACCGGCUGUACGGAGGGGUGUGCUAUGCUGGGAUUGAUACCGACCCGGAGCUGAAAUACCCCAAAGGAGCCGGACGAGUUGCAUUCUCUAAUCAACAGAGUUACAUAGCUGCUAUCAGUGCCCGCUUCGUUCAGCUGCAGCACGGAGAGAUAGAUAAACGGGUGGAAGUUAAGCCAUAUGUCUUGGAUGAUCAGCUGUGUGAUGAAUGUCAGGGGGCCCGUUGUGGGGGCAAAUUUGCUCCAUUUUUCUGUGCUAAUGUUACCUGUCUGCAGUAUUACUGUGAAUAUUGCUGGGCUGCUAUUCAUUCUCGUGCUGGCAGGGAAUUCCACAAGCCCCUGGUGAAGGAAGGCGGGGACCGUCCUCGACAUAUUUCAUUCCGCUGGAACUAAGGAUAACUACAGUGCUCCUUUUCAGGCCUCCGAAUAAGUGCACUCUUCUGUUAAUUCUGACCCCCUCCUCGACCUCUCCACGCUGGCAUGUCCUUUCGUAGCUGUCUGUAACUUAACAAUAGUAUACUGAAAAGAAUGGCCUAUAAUAUAGGUGUUUUGUAGAUUCUCUUGUGUCACUGCAAACAGGCUAUGUAUGAACUCCUAUUUCAUAUCGCCAUCGUGCUGCCUGGGAGUGACCUUCUCUUGUUUCACUGGAAGCCAAGAGGACCCAAACUUCCCGCAACAUUUUUCUUAGAGGAGAGAGAGAAAUAUUAAAAAGAGAAGUGAAACAAUAGAGUAUUUUGGGUUUUUAAUUAAAUUAUUGUUGAUAAUAUAACGUAUAAGAGUACUUUUAUGAAAAAAAAUAACCAUGCAACAAUAACACUAUCGUUCUAUCCUGACAACAAUAUUUCCCCCAGGGAAGUGUUUUUUUUUUUUUUUAUUUGUUUGUUUUUGCCUUUCAUCUUUUUUUGGCCUCUCUUUUUUAUUUAUUUUUUAUUUUUUAAAAUUUUCUUGCCAUCCCCUUUUUAUCCUUUAAAAAGCAGUGGAGGAAGUUAGCAAUUAUUAACAGGAAAGAGCAUGUUUAAGCAAACACAAAUGCAUGAGCAAGAUUGAAGCAGCAUUAGAACUAAUUGUAAGAGUUUGGAGGCUGAUGAUAAUUGAAUCUUGCCUCAAAGUUACUACCACAUUGGAAACAACAGCAACCAACAAAAGAUAGUGAAGUAGGCAGAGCUAGGUUUAUUUUCUUUUCCACAACUUUCAAAUUCUAGAAUGUAAAGAAUUGGGUAAAUGUACUACUGAGGGGAGUGCACUUAUUUUUUUUAGACUUAUUCUAUGGUCAUAGCCCCAGGAGCUUACCAAAGCUAGACUUUAUGACAACCGGUGGGAAAAAGUAGCAUUUCCUCUCCUGAAGAACAAAUGUAUAAAUUUUAUUUUUGAUGUCACAUAUAGACUCUAUAUCCUAACUUACUAACACUCACCAGGUGUCAGCCUUUGCUCUCCAUUUUGACGUACAAAACAAAAUGAAGCUGAACUCCAGAGAUACCUCAAGGAUUUCAUUGUUGACUUUGCGUUAGGAAAAGUCAAGUACACUCGGAGCCAAAACUGGAAGGCAAAACCAAUACACAAAUUGGCCGCUGAUUGGCUUAUUUUUUAGAUUUCAAGUUACUCUGGGUAUCCUGUAAUUUAGCUGUAAUAUAGGAAAGGAAAAAAAAAAAAAAGUUAAGUAGUCCCAAAGUGUUUUGCACUGUUGAACUAAGUAACUGUGUACAUCUGUGCAAAGGUACGUAUGUUGAUCUUACUCUUCCUAUAAAAUAAAAUAACAUUGCAGUUUCCGAACUUAGCAUGGGACAUAGACAGUGUUUGAAGUGCCAACUUCAUCAAGUAAUGCAUGCUUUAUUAUAAAUAAAACUCUGGCUUUGAAAGGCAUUAUGUGUUGAACAGUAUGUUUCAGGAGUCUGUUUUGAAAGAGUCUCUUGAAGCCCUGGUCAUGAAAACAAUUUUCAUUUUAAUUGACAUUCUCUUAUUAUUAACUGCCCUGUCCACCACACACACACACACACACACACACACACACACACACACAGAAAGGAUUAUUACCAGUGUGCAAAACAUUCAAAACAACAACAACAACAAAAUUAAAUGGCAACCUUGCUCGCUGUGUACCUAGUAAUACCAUCUCGGAUCCUUCAAAACCAAAGACUUGCCUCAGCACUUGGGUGGGAACACCUAGCUGAUGACCACCCCUCCCCCGCCCCCCUCACUGAUUCUCUUUAUGGAAAGCAGUCCAUGAUUCUCAACACAGGCUUUAACCAACUGGACACCUUGUUAAGUUCCAGAGGUCAAAAUGGAGGCAUUCGCUGUCUAACCACCACUGAGAGAGAGCCGCUGACCGAGAUCCCCCUGAAAAAUCGGAAAAGCAGUGAGGCGAGAGUGGAGGGUGCUCUUAGCUGGUCAAGGACUUUUGCUUUCUUUAUUGUUUCUUUUCGCUUCUUUUUCUUCUCUCCUGAUGGGACUGUCCCUUUCCCUCGUUUCCUCCUUUUCCACGCUUGUAGGUGGCUUGGGGUGCGCGAUCAUGCUGUUCUUACUCAGUCCAACAGGUGUGUGAUGAGUUAACAAGAAAUAACACUGAGAACUAGCUUUGAAUAAUAAUUUUUUCCCUUUGUACAUGACCUGCUGAAUUUCGGUACAGUGUUUUUGUAGCUAACUUAUUUUGUCAUGCACAUGAUGUAUAUUUGUUAUGCACUACUUUUGUAUAUCUUGUUUUUCCAACAGUGAACAUUUUUAGGCACACUUUUCACUGACGGGAUAUCUCUUUAUGCAAUACCUCAAUUUUUCAUAUUGCAAAGAGUAGCUUUUUGUACUUUUAUUACUGAGAGAUCUUCAUAUACUUCAUUUUUUAAUAUAAAUAAUUUUAAUAAAUUUUAUUUUCUUAUAUUCUGCUUUUUAUACAUUUCAGUGCUCUGCAUCCAUUUUAAUUAUGAAUGUCGUGCACUGGCAAUGCUAUUUUAGAGUGCAGAGAAGAGAAAGCAUGUUGCUUCAACAUCCUUCCCCAGCACCAACUUAUUGGUGGACCUAUCAUUAAGAAAUAGUCUAUGUAAAGUCACAAAUUAAUGAAAAAAAAUUCGCAUGAAAAUGACAGAUAACACUGUAGUUCCUUUAAAAAUAAAAAAGAUUCAAUGCAUACGCCUAGGGUAGAAAUUUAAAAUGGCAAAAAAUUAUCUACAGCUUCUUACUAAGUUUUUAAAAUUAUUCAUAAAGCAGACAUUUUUGGUGAAUGUUUAGCCAUUUUUAAUAUGAAUAAAUUGAUGUUAAGUGUUUGAUUCAGAGAUGUCUGCUCUUUUAAAUUCUAUAUAAAGAGAGAGAGAGAGAAAAAAAAACUAGCCUGCCGUGGGACAGGUGUGUGAUGUUAGUUUGCAUGACUAAUGUAAGAACUUGUUAUUCUACUAAAUACUUAUUUGUGAUUGUGUGACAAGCGUGUUUACAGAUUAUUUGAUUACACUUCAAUUUACAGGGCAUAAACAAUGAUUAUCUAUUACUCUGAACUUUUUUGAUUACGUGUCCUUCAGAUUACAUGGGAUUGUAGUUGGGAGUUACCAUGUAACUCAAAACAUAACUAACAUGUAAUUAGUUUACAGACUGUAGGGUAUCACUUCACUUUACCAAGCAUGUAGUUUAGCGCACUAGCAUGGCACCAGCCAUGUACUUACAAUGUAGUUACAGAGUAAUUACAUGGUUAUUUUUGCAAUGUAAAAUAAAGUGUUUCUGAUUAUUUUCUAUGUAAAGGAACCCCCCUCCCUUCUCCCCUCUGCGCCCCCCCCCUUACCCCCACGCUUUGGUAUAAGAUAUAUACUUCUCCAUACACAGACCUCUGCAGAAUGCAAAAUGAAACUUGCAGUGAAUGAACUUAGCAUUUUAAGAGAGUACUGUUGGAAAGACUUGAUAAUUCACCCCUUUUGUUUUGAAGAGUUGAAUCUUCUGUUAACAAGGUGAUUUAAAACUUGAAUGUGAUGAAUUGUGGCAAGUUAACUUCAAGUUAUGUGCAAUACUUAUGUCAAACUUUGGAGAGAUCUUUGCAAUGUAAUUCUUUGUUCUUAAUUGCAGACAUUUAAAAAUGUCAUUUUCUACUGUUAAGAGUGAUCCUCUUUCUUGCUGGUGUUUCUAAAGAAAAGAAUCAGAAAUCAAUCUUUCUACUAAUGUAAAUUUGAGAUUAUUUUUAAAAAAUGGAAUAAAAGAGGUUUUGGUCAUUUGCUUUAUUUUAUUAUCUUAUUUUAAAGCUACUGUGAUUGAUAGCAUUGUAAGAAUUGGGACAAUAUUGUAUUCAACUGUUUUAUUUUUUAUAUUUUUAAAAUUUAAAGUAUAAUUAGUUUUUAUAAUUUUCAUCAGAUUUUUGUUAUAUUUUUUGGAAGUGAAACUUUUAGCAAGUGAGUGUCUAGUUUCUACCAAUCCCUAAUGUUUUUUUUUCCCCAGUGUAUUGCUCAUAUUAUCAGAAGGAAAAGUUAUUUAAGUAUGUCAGUUAAUUGUACUACUUGGCUGAAUUUCCAUAUAGUUUUUACUGUGUAUGGGGAGGUUGUAGUAUUUAUUAUAGCAUUUUAAAUAAGGGUAAUUCAUUUUUUUAUUAAAGUCAUUUUCACGUUAAGUUCCUAUUUUUGUAUGUUCUACUCUUAAGUUAUAUAACACAGUUCCUUUUUUAAAAAAAAGAGUUCAUUUGUUGAAGUGCUAGUGAAAAUUAAUGUUAUUAAAUAGUUUGCAAAUGACUAUUUAUACCAGUAUGCAUAUAAUUUUUAAAUAUUUGUAAUGUGAGAUGUUGAAUGAAUAAAAACUUUUAACUCA